UUCCAGUUAAAACUAAGAAGAGAAAGCGAAAGUACAGGUGACUGUGUCCAGUACUGUGCCAACAGGUAGACUGACAUCUACUACACACUGAUCCAGGUGGUGCUGCCCAGGUGACAACGACUGCUCAGUGUCAUCUCACUCUAGGUUCAAUGAUUUGCUGGAUUAUAUGUUGACCGAGCAUCCAAACACUGUGACCAACACAGCUUCUUGUCCAGCCUGUCAGUGUCCACAGUGUCCACAGUGUCCACAGUGUCCACAGUGUGACUGAUCGAACUGUUCACAGUCCCACAGGUGUCAUGGAUGAAAUAUUCCCAGAUAUGCGACCUGGACAGUCUCUCGAUGAUUACAUUGAGAAAAGUUUGAGACCUACACCACAAGAAUUCAGCCGGUUUCAUACAGCAGUUGACUUAUUUGUCCGAUUUCUACAAAAAACGUUUUCCGACUCGACAUACUCUGUUGCAAAAGUAUUGAAGAGUGGCUCACUGGCCAAAGGAACAGCGCUCCGCGAUAGCUCAGACAUUGAUCUCGUCGUCUUCAUCAACGGCUUGACAGACAUCGAUGACCUCAUGGUCGCGAGAGAGGCUCUCAAAAGACGAAUGAUCGCAGCGGCGGAGACAUAUCCAAGCUCCCUGAAAACCAAGAAGUCGACUAAAUUUGCUGCGAAGUUUGCUUUUAAUAACAUCGAACUUGAUGUCCUCCCUGCCUUUGAUGCUCUCAGGUCAUAUUCUGGAAAGCGCAGGAACAUUUAUAGUGCAAUAUCUCAACACCUACUCUCAAGUAAAAAGAUUGGACAGGAGUUUUCUGCUUCACUGGCUCCCCUACAGGUGGCGUUCAUCAAGACUCUCAGGUGCUCAGUAAAGGAUUACAUUCGUCUCAUGAAACAGUGGAAAAAGGUGAACGAUCUCACCAUCCCGUCCUACUGUCUGGAGCUGUUGACGGUGAAAGUAUGGAGGGACAUGGGUGGAUCCAAAAAGCGACAGAGACCUGCAUCCACUUUCAAAUAUUUUUAAAAGAAUCAUUGACCAACUGGCUGACUUCGACAACAUUCGAGUUGCCUUUGGAGGAACUAUAAAGUGAAGCAAUACAUCAAAUCGUGGAAAGUGCCUUACAUCAUGGAUCCAGCUAACCCUCACUUGGAUACAUUGUCCAGACUGGAUGAAUUUCAAAGGAAAGAAAUUCAAGCUGCUGCCAGAGAGACACGUGACCUUUUAAAGAUAUGUUGUCAGCAUAGCUGUGGAGUGACACGAUUUUGAGUAGGUCUGCAGUCAUCUUGUACAGACUACAUGUCACAAUAAUAGUGGUUUUACAGUGGUUCUUCCUACUUUCUUACAAUGUCCUACACUACUUUCUACCAUUUAUAUUUCCUCAAUAUUGGUUUCUUGCUUCUUCAUUUGAAUAUCUGUUAAAAUAUUUACCUCAUUGUUUUGAUGGAUUGUUAACAUAAACUAAGCACGAUAUAUCUUUAUAGGAAUUGAUACAAAAACCUACAACAAAACAGUCCAAUAAUUAUCUACCUAGUCUGUCUGAUGUAGAUUAAUUUUUGUUUCGGUUGCUAGAUACAAUCAUUAUGGCCAGUCCAAUGUCUAAUCCAAGUUAAUUUUGCUUGAAGUCCAAUAUCAAAUCUCAUGGACACAUGAAAACAAAUUUAGAAUAAACACACUGAUGAGUGAAAACAUCUUAAAUUCCAACAACAAGACAGUUUCAAACAACACAGUACAGUGGGGUCCACCUGAAGUUUAUAACUUCUUUGUAGUCUGAGUCAGUGGUUGAUGUGAGGUUUAUUUACAAACUAAAACCCAUUAUCAUGGACAGAGAAAAGGAUAGAUAAAGAUAAAGAACAGUAAACCCUGAGAUGGUUAGACGAAGGCAGUUUACAAUCCAGAUCUUCGUCCUCGUCGGCGGAAAAAAAUUUCUGCUGAGAAAUGUAGCUUCCCUUAAAUAUCAGUUGGCACAAAAAAUUCAAAUUCAGAGUUUUUUCCUCACCUUGACAACAAGACUUGUGAAGUAUACUGUUGAGGUAAUGUAAUAACAUGUUUUUCUCGUGUUUAUAUAUCUGUUGAUAUGUCUCUAUUUCAUAAUUCUCCUAUAUAAACGGCGAUGACCGAGCUCGAGUGAUCCCAGUGGCUUGAAUGGCACUUUAUUCAGGGUAGAUGAUCACAUGUACCCGGAGAAGAGGUUUUGUAUUCGGUCGUCGUCUAGUAAAUCGCAAUUCAAAAAUGUGUGUAUUAUCAUGAUGAUAUGUUUCAGUGUUGUAUAUAUUAUCUUUGAAUAAUUUUUGUGCAUGUCAAAGUGUUGUAGAUCGUGCAUGCCCUGAUUUACAACGGAGUAGGACUACAUUGGUGGGAGAAUAUUUACAGUGAUGUUGUUAUAAUACUGUAUGUAUGAAUAAAACAUGAUGCAAACC